CAUGAUUAGCAUGUGAUGUGGUGUACACGUGCAGAAAGAAAGUUGUCAAAUUUACUUACAAAAUGCACGACCUACGAAGUGUGAAUUGGAACAACAACAAAGAAACAGAUUCAUUCACCAAAUCCUUCAUAAACAAAUGGAAAACUAACAUACUACUAACACAACCUCUCUUAUCUUAUGUUCUUCUUCUUUCUCUUCCAUGAAACUACAACAUGACAAUGGAAGAACAACCUCCACUGCCUUUUGAUAGAGCUCUUGAACAGGCAAUUGUAUCUAUAAAGAAAGGUGCUUAUUUACUGAAGUGCGGUGGUAGAGGAAAGCCAAAGCUUUGCCCUUUCAGACUCUCUCCGGAUGAGAGAAAUUUGAUUUGGUGCUCAGGGCAGCAGGAAAAGCAUUUGCGAUUGAGCGGCGUGACAAAAAUUGUUCAAGGACAUGGAAAUAUAAGGUCACAGAGACGAAACGAAACCGAAAAGGAGUGCCAUUCGUUUUCACUGAUCUAUGCUAAUGGAGAACGCACUCUUGAUUUGAUAUGCAAGGAUAAAGCACAAGCUGCUUCUUGGUUUGUUGGCUUGAAAGCUGUGAUUUCAAGGUGUCAGCAACCGAAAGCUUUUAGUAGUUUAAGAAGCUGCAAAGGAGUGCAGAGUUGUGUCAGUAGUCCUGCUGGAAUUUUACGCCGAAAGAAAAAUCUUGGUCUUCUAGAUGAUACCUCUCAAUUUAUUCAGGUACACAGCGUAUGUGCAAGUCCUACUUUGUCUCUUUCAGAAAGGUGUUUUUCCGAUGGCAUGUCAUAUACGUCUGAUUUUUAUUCCUCAGCAUCGUCCCUUUCCAGCACUCAUGGAAGAACAGAUACCUCAGUCCCAUGUUCUCCAUAUAUUGAUCAAGAUACUCGUAGCAACAUUAAAACCACUCUUUUCGGAAAGGAGUACAAGAAAGAUUUGUCAUAUAGAUCUAUCAUGCAGCUUCCUACCUCGCCGCAUAUAGGAAAUAACAAUGUAUUGAAGGAUGUAAUGAUAUGGGGUGGAGGAAUUGGAUGCCUAGUAGGGAUUGUGAAUGAAAGGUUUGUCCAAAAUAGUAUUUACUCUUUAGUGCCAAAGUUACUUGAAUCCACUGCGAUGUUAGACAUACAAAAUGUAGCUUUAGGAGGAAACCAUGCUGCUGUAGUUACAAAACAAGGCGAAGUGUACUGCUGGGGUCAAGGGAAGUGGGGAAGGUUAGGGCAAAAAAUUGAUAUGGACAUUAGCUCUCCCAAAAUAGUUGAUUCUCUUAGUGAUGUUCACGUAAAAAAUGUCGCCUGUGGCGAGUAUCAUACGUGUGCUUUGACAGAUUCAGGAGAAGUAUAUACUUGGGGGAACGACGUUUCUUGUUCAGAUUUGGUCGAUGAAGGGAGAUUCAGAAGUCAGUGGAUAACACAUAAACUUUCUCUACCUGUAGAAGGUAUUAGUAUUUCAAGUGUUGCUUGUGGAGAAUGGCAUACCGCGAUUGUCUCUAGCUGCGGGCGGUUAUUUACGUAUGGAGACGGUACAUUUGGAGUUCUUGGUCACGGGAAUUACCAGAACAUUUCUAGUCCAAAAGAAGUCGAGUCUCUUAAGGGUCUAUGUGUAAGGUCUGUUGCUUGUGGAACGUGGCAUACAGCUGCGAUUAUUGAAGUCGUCGCCGACCGUUUUAAGUACAAUACUUCGAUCGGCAAGCUGUUUACAUGGGGCGAUGGAGACGAAGGGAGGCUUGGUCAUGCUGAUAAUGGAAACAAGGUUGUACCGACGUGUGUUUCGCAACUUGUCGACUACGAUUUUGUUCAAGUAUCUUGUGGAAGAAUGUUGACAUUAGCACUUACUAACAUGGGAAAGGUUUUUGCAAUGGGAAGUUCAAAAUAUGGACAAUUGGGAAAUCCACAUGCUAAAGAUAGAUUAGUUAUGGUUGAAGGACAACUUAAACAAGAGUAUGUUAAAAUGAUAUCGUGCGGUUCAUAUCAUGUUGCUGUUUUGACAUCUUCGGGGAACAUGUAUACAUGGGGAAAAGGCGAAAACGGACAAUUGGGGUUAGGUGAUACUGAAGACAGAUACACACCUUGUUUUGUUGAGGCUCUAAGAGACAGAAAGGUAGAUACGAUAACUUGCGGUCCAAGUUUCACAGUUGCAAUAUGUUUGCACAAACCAGUUUCUAUUAGUGACCAAUCCACUUGUAGUGGUUGUAGGUUACCGUUUGGCUUCACAAGGAAGAAGCAUAACUGCUAUAACUGCGGUCUUUUGUUUUGUCGCGCUUGUAGUAGUAAAAAGGUUAACAACGCGUCUCUAGCUCCGGUUAAGAGCAAGGCCUUUCGCGUUUGUGAUCAGUGUUUUGAUAGGAAGCAAGGAAGUGCAAAUUCAAUUAUGGACUCAAAGUCUAGAAAUUAUAACAAUCAGCAGAUAGAAAAUCAUUGGAACAAGAUUGGCAAUCUCACUGAUGAUAGAGGAGAAACAAAUGUGACAAACUGUCCUCUAAUGUCUGUCAGUCAAUCAUGUUACCGGAAAAGCAUGCCUAGUGGAAGGAAGGACUGGAAAAACCAACAAGAAAGCUGGCAUGAUUUAAAUAAUAGUUAUCCUAAGUUAGGUGGUGUUUUACAAUGUGGACAAGUUCCAUGCACAGCACAAUUUAGAAUCAAUUGUACAGAAAAUUCAGUUGUGCAUGAUUCUUCAACCAAAAAUAGAAAAGCUAGUGUUUCACCACUCUAUGUAGAAUCUAAUGCAGAGUUAGAUACAAAAAAUUCUGAUAAGUUGCUCAUAGAAGAAGUUCAGAGGCUGAGAGCUGAGGCUAGGAGACUUGAAAAGCAAUGUGAGCUCAAAAACCAUGAAAUACAAGAGUGUCAACAAAAAAUUGAGGAGAGUUGGUCUGUGGCCAAAGAAGAAGCUGCUAAGUGCAAGGCAGCAAAAGAUGUCAUAAAGGCUUUAGCAUUAAGGCUUCACACAUUAUCAGGAAAAGAUAAUGCUGGACAAGAAGGAAAAGUUGUGCUACAAGAAUUUCUUCCAAAUUUGGCACCUAUACAUACAGAUAUGAAUAGUCCAAGAAAUACCAACAUGGACAGUUUAUCAAGUUCCCCUAUUAUAUUCUCCAGUGCAUUAAGAUCCAAAUUUGGGAGAAGUAUGCGCCUCAAAAAUGACAAAUUGACGGACAACACUAACCUUACUAUACCAGAAUCUCAACUAGACACCGCCGAUGAUUUGAAGGUCGAAUUUGUCGAACAGUAUGAGAAUGGUGUUUACAUAACAUUGACAAGUUCGCCAAGCGGAGAAAAGAGCCUUAAGCGUGUGAGAUUUAGCCGGAAGCAAUUUUCACAGAAGGAAGCUGAAAGGUGGUGGGAAGAGAAUCAAGCAAAAGUGUAUCAUAAGUAUGAAAUUGAAGGAUAUAUAAACAGUAAGUGAAAGUAUAAUUUAUAAUUGGCAUUCAUCUCUAGAAGUUUUCACCAUAGUUCUUGGUGUUGGAGGUGAUGUUGGCUUCUUCAGGACUUAGAUGAGAAGCUUAUACUGCAAGAAAGAUCAAAGUCUUUUUGUAUUUAAGCAUCUUUUAUUAACUAUUAUAUUAAUUCAUAAAUAUCUUGGGACAUUUCAUCCUUUGUACAGUCUCCAAUAACAGUGUCUCUUUAUUUUCUAUAUUCCAUUUCAAUAGUAUUAUUGUGUAGAAUAGCAUGAAGACAUUAUGCAUUCGUGAUAUUAGAUUGUUCUUACAUC